AUGUCAUUACCAGUCGCCAUUCAGUCGGCCAUAUUCUACUACCUCGCAUGUACACCAUGUAACGAGAUGAAGGCGUUCCGGAAGGCGAAGAAGAAGGCCAAGGAAGACAGGGAGGUCAAGAGGAAGAUCGAAAUGGAACAGCCAGGAUUGUACCGCCAUCCGGACCCCUUCCAUACCAACCCCUUCUGGGCCGAGGAGAUGGCUGCCGGCCCCCACCUGCCCAAGAAGUCGGGAAGCAAAAACGCAAGUCAGAGAGGACUGGCGAGUGCUGGCAGGACGAGUACAGCCGCGAGUUUUGGAUGCGCCAGCACCGUUGCCGAGAGCACUAGCCCCGCAACACCGACAACCAGCGGCGACACAGCCCGGAAGCUGUCUGGCGACGCGUGGAAUAGGUCCUUGUACCAGCGAGAGGAUGAGGAGCUUUGGGGGCAUAACCUAACCGGGAUGGGCCACAAGCUUAUGGACAACAUUGCCAAGGCUGGAAACACGGCGGGGCGCUACGUUGAGGAGAAGUUGGGACUCGAGAAGCCCAUCACGGACGAGGACCGCGACAACUUCUACCGUACGCCGAGAAACCCACCCGUCAACGAAUACCACCCGCCAAUCGUGGGGAGCAAGCCCUCUCGCCCGGACGCCCUCAAGUGGAUGUUGCAGCCGCCUCCACCAGCCAAGCUUAUGGAGGGCCGUGUUCCUGUCGCAAGAACCGGGAGCACCAGCACUGUUGGGAGCAGGAGAACGAUGGCAUCCGAAGAGCCACCUUUGGACAGAUUAGUCCGCGAAAAGGCCCUUAAGAAGAAGCUGCGACAAGGGGAGAAGCCCCGCCUGGAAGAAACGCCUUCGGAGUCGGAAUUGAUCGACUCGCUUAUCGGCGGACGCUCCCGGAGGACCACGGUUUCGAGCAGGGGCAUGUCCAACCGCAGCCGAAGUCUCUCGUUGGAUUCUGAAGUAUCUUCAGAUGGUGAGUUGGUGGAAAGGCGGCGGAUCGCCCGUGCUCGGCGCGUUCCCAUGACCCCCGAGGAGACUUCUUCGGACGAGGAUGACUCCGUUCAACACCGCACCUGGGACUCGCUUGGAAAGUCAAGCCCUCAGAAGCGGCCUAGACUAGAGACGAUAACCAGCUCUCGCUCCACCACCAGGCAGGCGUUGAAGGCGCGGCCAAACGGCACCAAACCCGACACUGCAUUGAAAGACAACUCUGAUAUUACACCCAAAGCGUCAGCCAAUCCCAUCAUCACCGGCAAAGCUGACGAAAACACACACACCACUGUCACCACUACCACGACAGUGUCAUGA